AUGGCAGGUGUCAAUAUUCGUAACAAGAUUGAUUUUGCGCCUGGUGAAAACCAUAUCGCUAUACGGUACCCUAAUAAAUGUUAUUAUGUCCCAGAAAUAUUUCAUAUGGCGCCUACUGAUGGUAAGAUUAUUCCACUAUUCAUAUCAGAUAUCAAUAGAAGUAGGUCCAUACUUGAAGUUUAUGGAUCUAAAGGAUUUGAGAAGUACAUGAAUAAUUUCAUAAUGAUAAACAACUAUCCGGUAAAGAGAGUUAAGAUUACGGGAAAGGUAAUAGGAGAAUCAUACAAGGAUUACAGUGAGUGGGGUGAACGAAAUCCAAAGAACUAUGUUCUUGUUGCCCUAGAUGAUUUUUCCAGUGACAGAAUGCUGAUUAUUGAAGUGAAAGUUAAAGAAGCUUUGUAUUUAUCGGCAGGGUUAGUAUUUAAUGGAUCAUAUGGAAAGAUCAUCGAAGCAGUGGGGGUUGUGAAUGAACUUAGUAACAAGAGAGAGUUGCUAGCUGAUUAUAUAAGUAUAAUUGGUAGUAAUGAUGAAUUAGAUCUUGAAAUUGAGUCUUGGAAGGAAAAGCUAGAAUUCAGAAACUCCAUAUUAUGUAGGCCAUGGAUAUAUGAGUCUCCUAAGUUGGGACAGACGCCAAUGACAUACUCAGAACCAAAAUUAUUGAGAAAGGAUUUUAAUCGGAAAAAAUUCAAAGAAGGACUAGACAUUUUUGACGCUGAGGGUGCAGUAAGCCCCAGUAUUUUCAGAGAGGAUAGUAUACUUUUAAGACAACACCUGGAAUCUUGCCAAGAUGUCAUAGAUUUAACUGAUCCUAUAGAAGUAGAUGAAGCUCUUGAAACCAAUAAAGAACCUGAGGCAAAUGAAGAGCUUGAAGUAAAUGAAGUUCCUGAAGUGAUUGAAUCUGAACCUGAAGAGCUUGAAGUAAAUGAAGAUCCUGAAGUGAUUGAAUCUGAACCUGAAGAGAUAGAUGACCCAUUGCUACCUGAUUCAGAAAUUCAGAUUUUGGAAGUAAAUCAAGUUCAUUCAUUAGACAAUGAAGCCGAAACACCAGUUCAAGUAUUUGAGGAAUUUCAAUUGACAUUAGAAUUUAUCGUGUGGAUAUUGAAUCACGGUCAAUCCCCCUUUAAGUUAGCUGACAUUUAUAACAAUUCGAAAAUCCGGCAUUUACUCGAAAGCUUAACUAAUGUCAAGUUACUAUCUAGACGACUUAAUUCGAAUGAGCAAUACAAUAUCAAGCAUACUAAACAUGAAAUAUUUCACACCACACGACACCUUUUGCAUAUCAAUUAUAGAUUAAUUGGUGUUUCCCGAAAUCAAGAUGUAAAUCCGCAUAACCUUUUUCAGUUAGCUGACCACUUGAGAUAUUGCUUAAAUGUACUCAAAUUGCAUAAAAUAAAUGAAGAUAAAACUACAGUAUUGAAUGUUGAAAGCUACAUGGGUAUUUUCAAAAUUCAUUCUAAUAACCUUAUUGGAAAUGUAGACUACAAGCUAAUUAAUGCCAUUGUUGAUUGGAUUUUAACUAACGAAUUUAAUGAAAGAAAAAAAUGGAAAUAUGAUUCCAAAGUAAUAGAAUGGUCUUAUAUAGGUUAG